CCCCUCCCCUCCCCUCCCCGCCCCGCCCGUUGGGUAACCCGCCACUCUCCCUGAGCAAAACACCCUGCUGUCGGCAACAAAACACAACUCGUUCUAUCGCCUUCAACUCCCUAAACUGAUCGGCUUUACGGUUGCAGAAAUUAACCUUUUAAUCAUGGCUUCCAUGUUGGGUCACACGUUCAGAAAUAUCCCAAUCAGUGUGGCAUGGGCAGCAAAGUUAAAUGCGCGUUUGUUGAGUUCAGUAUCUCACCCUCCACCUCAAGUGCAAUCGACCACCAAGAAAACUCUAGCAAAACCAGGGAUAAGAAAUGUUGUCCUCGUUGAAGGUGUCCGAACUCCAUUCUUAAUGUCCGGUACUACAUAUGCAGAUUUGAUGCCGCAUGACUUGGCCAGAACAGCUCUGCAGGGUCUACUUGCAAGGACCAAUGUUCCAAAAGCAGAUGUUGACUACAUAGUGUUUGGUACUGUCAUUCAGGAAGUCAAAACAAGCAAUGUUGCUAGAGAGGUAUGAGCCAGAAUGCAUUUGAAAAGCUACAUAACAUUUAUAGUGCAAAAUAAGAUUUCAUAGUAAAUGGUUUAACAUAACAGCAUAGAUACAGGAUUAGUUAAGGAACAAGAAACAAACAGGCACAAAUGGAUCAUUUUUCUAAUCGCCAGUUUGUGAUCAGUGCUGGGACUUCAACUAUUUACACUUCAUAUUAGUGACUUGGAUGAGGGAACCAAAUAUCUGUUUACUAAACUUGUUGUUGACAUAAGGAUGGGUAGGAAAAUAGAUUGAGAACAUAGAUUCAGCAAAGUGGUAAGUUGAGUGAGUAGGCAAAAAUUGGUAAAUGGAGUACAAUAUAACAAAAUAUGAACUUGUUCACUUUGAAAAAAGAAACCCGAUGUAGGGGAAGAUGACUCCCAAUUGACAGCUUCUAUGCUGUAAGUUGAGUCGUGUAGUUAGAUAUAUCAUUGCUCAGCUGCAGUGAUAAGUCGAUAUAAAGUGCAUGGGUAGAUGAUGGCCUAGUGGUAUUAUCACUAGGCUAUUAAUCCAGUGACCCUGGUAAUGUUCUGGUACCUGGGUCCGAACCUGCCAUGGCAGAUGGUGAAAUUUGAAUUUAAUAAAUAUCUGGAGUUAGGAGUGUAUAGGUAGUUCCGCUAUAACGCGUGUUUCAUUUAACGCGAAUUGGCUGUGACGCGAUUAAUCAAUAGUGGAUGUUGUUUGGAUAACGCAAGCUUUCUGCUGUACCGGCAUAGCGAUUUUCUGUAGCAAUUUCCCUACCGUGAUUUUGGAUGGCAAUUUUCUGUAGCGCGAGGUCACACAAGAAUGCAACUAUCAUAUUAUAGGAGAACUACCUGUAAUGAUGUCUAUGAAACCAUUGCCAAUUGUCAGGGAAAGCCCAUCUGGUUCAUUAAGUCCUUUUUAGGGAAUGAAACUGCCAUCCUUACCUGUAUUAUGGGCCAGACCAGAUCCCCUCAAAAUACAUUAAGAAAAUAGCCUAGACAGUAACUACUACUUAUUUUAAAGGCAAGUUUUGUUCCAGAUGCAAUUUGAUUGGUCAAGUUAUCAAAUUUAAAGCAAAAUACACUUGAUUCAUCCACUAUAGUUUAAAAUACAACAAACGAGAAAGAAGUUGGAAUAACUUAACUCCAUUGGAAAACUUAACAGAAUAAUAGAUUAUUAACGACUAUUAAUUAACUGUUCCAGUAUAGUAGCAAAACAUAAACACAUGCUUGGCAAAGGGCAAGUUCUGAAAAAUAGAUUAUCUUGCAUGCAAUUCUAGCAGCCGAGGAAGAAAACACCAAGAGAAAACUGUGUGUAGCAGGAAGAGAUGUACUGCAGCUUUCAAAACCUGUUGAGACUCCAGCAACAACUGCUACUACUGAAAUACUAAACUGAAAAUCUUGGUUCUGUAAGAGCUUGACCACACCUGUUCAGGCUGCUUCUAUUGUUAUGACUUUAGAAAAUAAAAUACCAAAGCCCCUCAAGAUGUUUAUUUUACCAGUUUUCAAUAGAUCAUUCUCCAUCUUUGCCUUAAAGCCUCUC